AUGGAUUCCAUCACAACAUCUAAAGAAAGGCUUGAGUAUGCUAAGGUCUGUGUUGAAAUUGAGGUUGGUGAUGUGGUUCCUGAGACAGUUCAGUUUAAUGUCUGUGCAGAGGCAUCAGUCAAGAACAAAGAAAUUCAAGUCUGGAGGAAGAAGCCUAAUCUUUCUGGGAUUAUUGUUAAGGAAAAAAUAGUCCCCGCUAGCUCUUCCUCUUAUCCUAAGGGCUCCAAUCCAUGUUUUGAGUCCUCAGGUGCUAAUAUCCUGCAGGGUGGAGUUACUGUAGAGUUGUCUGUGGUGGCCCUUCAAGAGAGUAAUAUUGUUACUCCCUUGACUGAUGCUAUUCAGGGGUUGAUGAAGGCUAAUGGAGUGGUCAAAUUGACAGCUACUGAAAAUAUGGAAGAGCAAUUGGUCAGGGAGGUUAUUCCCAAUGCUACUGAUGGAGCUGUUAAUCUGUUAGAAGGGAAUAAGGAAAUAUCUGUUGGUGAUAUCCCUGAGACUGCUGUUCUGGAUCAAGUUAUUUUGAACAUUAUAGAUGGAGAAUUUGGCCUGUUGGGAGGGAAUAAGGGAAUAUCUAUAGAAGACCAUAUUGAUCCUCAUGUUGGUGAUUUCCCUUCUUUGCAGGAAUCCAUUCUGCAGAAGAAGAAAGUCAGAGGGAGGAAAAAGGAGCUUGUGGGCUGUUCUAGUAAAUUGGAUUCAUUGGCAGGUGGUGGAUGUUGUGACACUAGGAAGCCUCAGGCAGCUUCUAUGGGCGUUGUUGUGAUGCUUAAUGAGAUCAGAUCUAAAAAGAAAGAUAUGGUUGAGAAGGCUAGAGGUACUGUGAAAGGUGUUGGUACUGGCAUUAACAGUGUGCCUAAGCAAGGUAAGAUUCUUAAGAGACUGGAGAGCUUGGGGGUGGAUAUUUUUGUUGAUGGGGGCAGACUCUGGAUUUUGUGGAGUAAGAGGUUGUCUUUCUCUGUGAUUGGUGGAUGCGAUCAAGCACUAUCUAUUAAGGGAGAUAUCUCUGGCCAUAGUGUUGUUAUUACUGCAGUCUAUGGAAGUAAUUACAGUCAGUCCAAAAAGGGUCUUUGGGAUCAUCUAAGGGAUUUGGAAAGGGUGAUUGGCCAUUCAUCUUGGGUGUUAGGUGGUGACUUCAACGUUAUAGCUGAUGCCCAAGAAAGCUCAGACUAUUCUUUAAUGGGUCCUCAUUUUUCAGCUGAUAUGGAAGAAUUCAAAGACUACUUAGAGGACCUUGAGGUGCAGGAUCAUCCUUUUGUUGGACCUCUCUUUACAUGGUCUAACAAGCAAGAUGAUUCCUAUCUUACCAGGAAGUUGGACAGGAUUCUCACUAACUCUCAGUGGCUUCUGGAUUUUCCAGAUUCGUAUGUUGAGUUCAAGGCCCCUGGAGUUUCAGACCACUGUCUUGGGUUAAUCUGGACUCAAAAGGAGGCACAAGUUCACAGGCCAAAGCCGUUUAAAUUUUUCAAUUGCUGGACUGCAAUUGAUAAUUUCUUAAACAUUGUUGAGGAGUCUUGGCUUGCUCACAGUGAUGGCAAUGAAAUGCAGAUUCUGUUCAACAAAAUGAAAAGACUGAAGCCAGUUUUAAAGGAGUUAAAUAGGAACUUUUUUUCUGAUAUUUCUGCCAGGGUUGCUGCUAAGAUGGCUGAACUGGAGUUUGUUCAACUUUCAAUUCUUUAUGGUUCUCAUCAAUUUGGGGUGGAAGAGGAGAAGAAGAUUCAUGUUGACCUUGUGGAUCUUGAAGUGGCUGAGCUUGAUUUUUAUAAGCAGAGAGUAAAGAUCCAUUGGUUGCAGGAGGAUAACAUGAGUACUAAGUUUUUUCAUCAAAUGGUUGAAUCCAAAAAAAAAAGAAACACAAUCAGGGUUAUUAGGAGUGAAAAUGGGCAAUGUUUUGAAUCUUUUGAUGGUAUGGCUGCUGAAUUGGUGGAUUUCUACAGCAAAUUAAUUGGUGCUAUUGAUCCUAUGGUCCAAGAUUGCCCUCCUGAGUGCUUAAAGGAACUCCUAAGCUAUGAUCUGCCUGCUGGUGCUGAGAGGGUUCUGGAUGGAGAGUUCUUCAAGGUGGCUUGGGAGAUUGUUCACUCAGACUUCCUAAAUGCUGUGAGGUAUUUCUUCCAGACCUCUUACCUUUUACCAUCCUUUAAUGUUACUGCAAUAGUUCUAGCGCCAAAAUCUUUGAAUGCAUGUAUGGCUAAGGAAUUCAGGCCUAUUUCUUACUAUUCUGUGGUGUACAAAACUAUUACUAGGAUUUUGGUUACUCGACUAGCUCAGUUUUUCCCUGAAAUAAUUUCUGUUAGCCAGUCUGCUUUUGUCAAAGGUAGAAGCAUCACUGAUAAUACACUUUUAGCCCAGGAAAUUAUCAAGGGCUAUUCUAGGAGGAAUCUUUCCCCUAGAUGUGCUAUAAAAAUUGAUCUGCAGAAAGCAUUUGAUUCAAUUAGUUAG